CGAUAUGAUGAUUGGAAAAGAGUCUCAUGUUGACCGACGAAAUCCUACUUCCCGGAAAGAAAGUGGAAGGUGUCUCGAGCGUACCUUAAUCUCACUUUCUGUCUCUGAUCUGAACGCCACGAUGUUCGCUAAGCAAGAAGACGACAGAGGGACGUUGGCUGGGGCCCCCACUGAGGUCGACCAAUACAUACCCACAAGGCAGAACAUCAGGCGAACGGACAAGAGAUCCUUGUCGAGCCUCUACCCUGGCCUGUCAGGGCAAUUGUCCGACGGGAAGGCCUUGUCUUUCUUACCGACGGACGUGUUUUGAGCCGCAGGUAUCAUCAGAGGCGUACUUAUCCUCAACGUACAAAAUAGGUGACGUCUAGAGUAUCACAUCGGGAGUAAUCGCCGAGACAUCAUGUAUGAAUUAUCCGUAAAUCAGAUUGCACUCCCAAAAAGGAUGUCCAUCUUCG